AUGCGUCACUUCCUCAAUCUCCCACCUGAGCUACUUGUAUUGAUAACUGAAUUCCUACCGAUUCACGAUGUCCUCAAGCUGAGAUUAACCUGCGGGUAUCUUUUCGACCAGCUCCCUCCUCCUUCCCACGAGCAGCUCCUACGAGCCGAAACAACCGAAUGGGCUCGCCACCAGGAUAUCUACGCCUGCCGCUACUGCCUACGCCUGCGACCGGCGAAUAAAUUUGCCGAUCGCAUGCUAAGACGCCGACGAAGCCGAUCGGGUGCCGACAGCGACAAGCGAUUCUGCCUUGAGUGUGGGUUGAAGCCGCGCGAGGGUAUGGCCCGGUAUGGCCCUGGUGCUCAGGUCGCGAUUCAGGGACAACUGUUUGUUAUAUGUCUUUCAUGUCGGCGAUUUCUACCGGGCGCCUAUGAUCGCCAUGGACACAAUACCUCGUUAUGCUUGUCGUGUUGGCAGGAACACUGUCUGCGACGGCAUAUGCCCACCCCGAAAUACUCCGCGUUGGACGAGAGUCAUUUGAGGCGCGUGUGA